AUGUUGGAGCCGCUGCUACAACACCUGUCGGAUUUGUCGAGUUCGGAGUUCUAUACAGAAUUAAACGCUUGGAAAGAGACAGUCGACGAUGGGCUGUGUCGGGCUGGAUCCAAGGCAAGAGCACCUGCAACAAACGAUGAUAAAGACGAGAUCGACGAAAUGCAAUGGAAACUGCAGACCUAA